AUGCAACGCAGAUUACCAAAGACAGAAGAGAAGCGGACAGCAUGCUGGUUUUGUAUAGCAUGGCCUUCAAGCAAAUUAAAAAGAAGGAAUCUGUUUUGUUUCUUCAUUAUUUUAAUCAGUCUAGCUGCUGUUCUUUUACUGCUGUAUCCUGUUCUUAAUUUUGGAAUUGUAUCACAAUUAAUGACAGUUAAAAAACAGAGGCAGCAAAAAGUAUGUCAUUUUGACUUCAAUAAUUCAUCAAAGGGUCCCAUUUAUGCAGACACUGAAACAGUGCCAAGUAUUGAUGACCUUGAACAAGACUUGAGUCCAUCUCUUUUACCUGGAGGACACUAUAUCCCACUUUUGUGCAAAUCAAAAUAUAAGGUGGCAAUUAUUGUACCGUUCAGAGAUCGAGAUGUUCAUUUGAAAAUAUUCCUACGUCACAUGCAUCCAUUUCUCCAGCGCCAGAAUCUGGAAUAUGGAAUCAUUGUUGUAGAGCAGGAAGCUGAUUCACUGUUCAACCGUGCCAUCCUCUUCAACAUAGGCUUUAUAGAAUCAAUCAAGGUGCACAGUUAUGACUGCUUUGUCUUCCAUGAUGUUGAUCUCCUUCCUUUGGAUGACAGAAACUACUACUCUUGUGGUGAUCAGCCAGUACAUUUAAGUGCUGCUAUCGAUACUCACAACUACAAACUUAUGUACCAUGAAUUGUUUGGAGGUGCCUCUAUGAUGACACGGGAGAUGGUGGAAAAGGUUAAUGGCUUCUCAAAUGUUUACUUUGGCUGGGGUGGAGAAGAUGAUGACAUGUCUUACAGGAUACGGAGCCAUUCAAUGCUAAUAGAGCGGUAUGCAUCAGAUGUUGCCAGAUACACAAUGAUGAGGCAUGCCAAAGAGAAUAAAGAAGACAGAACAAGGCUGUUUGCAACAAGCAGACAACGCAUCCAUAAGGAUGGCUUAAACAGUUUAAAAUAUGAACUGCUGGAUAAAGAACUGCGACCGCUUUAUACUUGGAUCUAUGUCAGGAUUAAUCAAACUGAAAUUCUGCGUGGACAAAAUUUAAUUUUUUAA